AUGUCGCGGUGGGGAAUCUUAGCUCUUCUGUUGUCUCUGAUAACCAUCUGUCAAGGAGGUGACGGAGGGACUCCCAGCCACGGGUUCCAUGGGUUCCGGGAUCUGCCUUGUCCAAACGCUGAAGAUAUCUUGCCUUGCACAUGCAAUGCAGACGAAAAUAGUCGCAUGGACAUGGACUGCUCGCACGUGGAAAGCGAGGAGCAACUCGAGAGGGUAUUCUCCGCGACCUUCCCCUUCAGCACGUUCCGUAAUUUCACCAUCUUUAACAACACCUUCCUGACGCUCUUGCGCAAUCAGUCCCUAGGCACCGCCUCCUUCACGGGCGUCUACUUCACCAACAGCGUCCUGGAAAUGGUGGAACCUUACGCCCUCUCGAACAGCUUUGCCACAGCCCAAGUCAUCAACAUGCAGAAGAACUUGCUGGUCUCCUUUCCCUUCGAAACCCUGCCCUCUUUCACCAGCCUCCUGGAGCUCGACCUCAGCGACAACAGACUUAUUGUCCCACCACUUGAGUCCGAGACGCUGCUCAUGCUCGACCUCUCCAACAACGAGAUCACCAACGUCUCAGCCACGGCUUUCUCUGCUGUGCCGCAACUCUCGGAAAUUGACCUGAGCGGAAACCAGAUACCCCAGAUUCAAACGGGGACCUUCGCAGGGCAUCAUAACCUAUACCACGUGAGCCUAGAAUCGAACAUCCUGAAAUAUAUUCCCGAGGGCGCCAUACAACUGACGUCCAGUAAGCCAGGGACACUUAUUCUGAAGAGCAAUGACAUAAGGAACAUCGCCAUUAACGGUAUAACGGACAUCGCUAAAGGCAAAAUCGACGUCAGCUACAACAAUAUAACAGAAAUGGUCGAAGAUGUGUACAGACCUCUUCUGAUGGACGACGCUACUCUUGAUAUCACAAACAACCCCUUGACUUGUGGAUGCGAGAUCGCCUGGCUCAUUAGGAACAAUAACCUCCUGCAACUCGUAACAGAAGGGGCAGCCUGUUUCAACGGUCAGCUGUUGGUGGACCUCAAUCCCGGGAUAUACGAUAACAUGGGUUGCGAGUGAUGAGAUCUCGCUACACUUGAGGUCGCAGCGUUGUUCCUUAUUAUGAGGCGACACAACGCUCACUUGACGUCAUCCACUUUCCCUUCUAAUAAAAAAACG